AUGGCUGAUAAAGGUGCUGUAUCCGGUCCACAGCAUCAUAUACCACCUCCCAGGACUCAGGGUGCUGCUACAGGAGGGCAGCAGUUGUCAGCUACAGCAACACAAUUUGUUGACAAAAUUGAUCCAUUCUCUAAAAGAGGUACUAGUCGUAGAAGACGCCGCCUAGUUGGCAGCAGCAGGUAUCAUCCAGAAAAUGAACCGGAGCUUGUUCAACUGCCACUAAUUAAAGAUGCACCUUUCAAUGAGCAACCGAAUUUGGUUAUCCAGAAACUUCAGCAGUGCCAAAAAAUUUUCGAUUUUUAUGACCCAGUGGCACAGCUGAAGAGUAAGGAGAUUAAACGGGCUGCACUGAACGAGUUAAUUGACCAUAUAACUACCGUAAAAGGAGCUAUAACGGAAGCGAUAUAUCCUGAAGUUAUAAAUAUGGUUUCUAUGAAUAUCUUUAGGGUUCUCCCUCCUUCCGAUAAUUCUGAGUUUGACCCAGAAGAGGAUGAACCAACACUUGAAGUCUCUUGGCCUCAUUUGCAGCUGGUUUACGAACUAUUUCUUCGGUUCUUGGAAUCCCCCGACUUUCAGGCCGCUACAGGGAAAAAGUUUAUCGAUCAGCGAUUUGUUUUAAAGCUAUUAGAAUUGUUCGAUUCGGAAGAUCCUCGAGAACGAGAUUUUUUGAAGACUGUGCUUCAUAGAAUUUAUGGAAAAUUUCUUGGUCUUCGAGCGUUUAUCAGGAAACAAAUAAACAAUAUGUUUCUUUCAUUUGUUUUUGAAACAGAUUCGUUCAACGGAGUUGGCGAAUUACUUGAAAUUUUGGGAAGUAUCAUUAACGGAUUCGCGUUACCUCUGAAACAGGAACAUAAAGUGUUUCUCGUGAAGGUGCUUCUGCCUCUCCACAAACCGCGGUGCCUCAAUCUGUAUCAUGCACAGCUGGCGUAUUGUGUUGUACAGUUUAUUGAAAAAGAUUCGACGCUUACACCACAAGUUUUCGACGCGCUGUUAAAGUUUUGGCCGCGCACUUGUAGCUCGAAAGAGGUUAUGUUCCUUGGCGAAGUUGAAGAAAUUUUAGACAUUAUCGAACCAGAACAGUUCAAAAAAAUUAUAGAUCCUUUGUUUAAACAAUUAGCAAAGUGUGUCUCAAGUCCGCACUUUCAGGUGGCUGAGCGGGCUCUUUACUUUUGGAACAACGAGUAUAUUCUCUCGUUAAUCGAGGAAACUAGCGCACAGGUAAUGCCUAUUAUGUUUCCUGCACUAUACAGAAUUAGUAAGGAGCAUUGGAAUCAAACUAUUGUAGCACUCGUUUAUAACGUUUUAAAAACUUUUAUGGAAAUGAAUGGCAAGCUCUUUGAUGAGCUCACAGCGAAUUAUAAAAUGGAGCGUCAAAAAGAGAAGAAGAAGGAGAAAGAUCGUGAGGAGUUGUGGAAGCGGCUGUCAGUUUUAGAGGUUGAUCCUCCCAAAGACAAAGACCCACAUAUAUUGAGCAAGACUCCGUUGACAACCUUUGUUGUUAGGAAGGAUGGCUCAAAUUUAACCAGUGGAUUCGGUGACAGGUCUCCCAAUUCUGCCAAAAGGUAUCCUUAG